AUGGCGGCGCCCAUGAACCAAGUCCUGCAGCCUCUGGCGGGAGGCGGCCCUCAGGGGCCACAGCUGGGCCCUGGAGGAGCGGGGGGCCAGCAGCAGCAGCAGCAGCAGCAGCAGCAUCUCGGGCUCCCCCAACAGCAGCAAGACUUCGACCCCGUCCAGAGAUACAGGAUGCUGAUCCCUCAGCUGAAGGAGAGCCUGCAGAACCUGAUGAAGGUCGCAGCCCAGAACCUGGUACAGAACACAAACAUCGAUAACGGCCAGAAGAGCGCCGACGGCCCCGUUCAGAGGUUCGAUAAGAGCCUGGAGGAGUUCUACGCUCUGUGCGACCAGCUGGAGCUCUGCCUGCGCCUGGCAUACGAAUGCCUCUCUCAGAGCUACGACAGCGCCAAGCAUUCCCCCACGCUGGUGCCGACGGCCACCAAGCCCGACGCGGUGCAGACAGAGAGCUUGCCCUAUACCCAGUACCUGAGCAUGAUCAAGUCCCAGAUCUCCUGUGCCAAGGACAUUCACAACGCCCUCCUCGAGUGCUCCAAAAAGAUCAUGGGCAAGACCCCCACCCCGCAGGUUACCCCCUGAUCUGGCAAGUAACCAGCCCCCCCACACAUGGGACGUUCGGGGGGGGGAUACCGGGGACAAAACAGCAAGGCCGUGGGGAGACUGGGGGACCGGUGCUGAACGUAUCAAUGCCACGUGGGGAGUGAAUGUGACAAACCCACCGGUGGCAAGGACUGCGAUGAACCCAUCAGCGCUUCAUUCGCUCGGGGGUCCUCUCUCGGGGGUCUUGCUGCUCGGGCCGCUCCGACGUUGCACCAGGAGGUGGUGGGACCAUUUGCUUUACACCUUGUCAAGGUCCUUGAAGAUUUGGUUUAAAUGACACUUUUUCUGCUUGAAACGUGGCAGUUGUGGCCCCCACAUUCCCUGACGUUGCGGUGUUGGUGGGUUUCAUGUUUUAAGCAGAAAGUGGCAGCGUCGCCGGCCUGGCGGCUGCUCCCGGUUUCCUCGCUUUGUGGAGUAAAACAAAGACAAAAACUGCUAAUAAAGUUCAAUUCAAUAGUG